AUUUAUUGCUAAAAAUUUCAAGCCAUAAAAGAGAGGAAAUUAUUGUUAAUACGCCCUCGGAUUAUGUCAAUUUAUACACGAAAUGCUGGUCUUCUAAUUCGUUCCAACGUCCAACAUCAGACGAAAUCUUAAAUGAACUCAAGAAGCUAUCAUCAGAAGUAACUGUUGAUUCAAUUACCAAUAACUAUGCUGAGAUGAAAAAGUGA